AAUUAAGAAGCCUAAUGGGUUUGUGACACUUACCGACUUUUUUUAUUCAUGGAAAGAAAAUUUGAACAUGUUCUUUCAAUAAAGUAGUAUGUAUCAAUGCAUCAAUUGACUGAGCCAAAUGUCAACCAAUUUUUAAACGUAAAUAAUAAUAAUGUUAUUUUAUUACAUCUACGGUAUAUGUAUGAUUUUACCAAAUUCAUAAUAGUUUUGUCAAGAAGUCUCUUUUUAACAAGUUUCUAAUGGUGGUGUUUUUGCUGGUAUGCAUACCUUAAGGUUUUAAUGUGUGUUCUGUCAUCUGUAUCAAUUAAAUUCGAGGGGACAGACUUAUGUUGAUAAUCUGUAAUUGUUUUGUGGUACAUUGGCAAGUGACACCCCUUUUCUGAUGCUGUUCUCUGCUUCGAUGGCCUUGUCUUUACUUGGUAAUUGAUAUUAUAGGGUGACAAGAUACGGAGACGUGAUGAGUGGUCCAAUUGGAUUCCAGCUAGUUCAAAGACAACAUUGUCAGCAGAACCUCAGGCUACUACGUACCAACUUGAAGAGAAUGCCACUGAUUCAUGUGGAAAUGGUGAUGUGAAUGAAGAUAAUUCAAGGAACACUUCUGAAGAAAAUGAUAAAUUUACAUUGCAUGGUGGGAGCUUGGAGCAUGUUUCAGCUGUGGGCAAUCCUAUGGAAGUAACACGUAAAAAUAAUAGAAAACAUGCAGUUGCGCAAGGUCUAUUAAAUGAUGUCGAAGAGUUACAAAGAGUUGAGUCUGUAAGGUUUACUGACCAUAAAGCUGAAAGUGUGGAAUUAUUAUCAGAUGUAACAACACAAAAUGUUGCUGACCUAUCAAAUGAUUUCGCACACACAUUUAUGCUUGAUGAAGAGCUAGAGCUCAAGCAAAAAACACUAAGGACUCUCUCAGCACUUAAAAGAAUGGAUGAUGAAGAUGACGAGAUGAUUAUCAACGAUCAGGAUGUUCAGAGACUUGUGAUUGUUACCCAGAAUAGUGGGACAGGUGAAGGACCAAAAGCUGGUGCGAAAGAUUCAAAGUCCAUAUCCAGUGAGCUUGAUGCUGUGAUAAAUGAUGGUCUUUACUUCUAUGAACAGGAGCUGAAAAUUAAACGAUUUAGUCGUAGAAAGAAUAACUCUAUUUAUGAGAAUAAAGAUGGAAAUCCAAGGUCUCCAAGGAGUGCAUUGGGAGUAUCAAAUUCAAAGAUAGGUGAAAACGCUGCUGGGAGCAGUAGUCUUGUGGAGUCUGGAGGAACAAGUUCCUGAAGGAAGCAAAAUAAAGGUUUCUCAAAGCAACAUUCAUUCCAGAAACAGAGAAUUUUCUCCAGCAACUUAAGAAUCAUGGAACCAGUCACAACUCAAUUUCAAUAAUAUCAGAAAGUCCACCAAGUAAUUCGGUUGGAUAUUUCUUUGGUUCUACUCCUCCAGAUAGUUAUGGGUUACUGCCGGUUUCAAAUAUACAUGAAACCUAAUUUAUUUGACUAGACUUUAAGGUUUUCCAUAGCUAAUGGAUGUCUAAGCAUUUUUUAGAGCUCUAGGCCGCCUUCGAAGUUGAGCUGUUCACCACAUGGAACUCUUUCUAGCAGUCCACCAGUUGGUUCCUUGCCAAAGCCAUUUCCACCUUUUCAGCAUCCAAGUUAUCAGCUGUUAGAAGAAAAUGAUUUCAAGCAACAGAAGUAAGGGAUGGUGGAUUUUUUCUCUAAUAUAUGUAUGUAUUUUUGUAUACUUUUGCACAGUUCACAUAUAACUUUCAAGACUUUGUCAGAUUUUUGUUGUACCUAAAACAUACUUUCUUUGUGGUCUGUGCUAGAGCCCUUCUGCAUGUACUUGUACUUGCUCAGAGAGGUGUAUAAGGAUGGAGAGAAUGAGAAUGAGCACUUGAAAAGCAGAGUUGGCUAAUUCAGUUGUUUUUACAUUCAGGUACCUAAAGUUUCAUAAGCGCUGCCUGAGUGACAGGAAGAAGUUGGGAAUUGGUUGCAGUGAGGUGGACUUUCUUUCGGAACUUUCUAAGUUAUUAAAUGACUGUUUUACAUGAAAUGAAAGAUCAACUAUUGCACAACUAACUUCUAUUGUUUAAUUGAUUCUCAUGUCUAGGUAAGUUCUACUAAAAAUAUUUACUCUUGUACCUCUUUUUGAAUUUUGUCUUUGUUUUGUAUUAGUACCCAGUCAUCUUAGUCACACAAGAAAUAGGUUGUGUGGUGUGCUUUCAUCUUUAAUCUCCCCAUUAUGUCAUUUGUAA